AUGGUGAGUUUCUCCUUCAAAGUCGGUUCUUGUGCUGUAAAAACUAACUCUUCCCCAGACUACGCACCAUUAGAUGGCGGUGCCUGUGUGGCUAUGGUUGGCAAAGACUGCGUCGCGAUAGCCUGUGACCUCCGACUUGGCCUCCAGGCUCUCACCGUCUCCAAUGAGUUCCCCAAGAUCUUCAACUAUGCUCCGUCCACAUAUCUAGGUCUUACAGGCCUAGCCACAGACGUCAACACCGUAUCCCAGCUGCUACGCUACAAAGUCAACCUCUACCGUCUUCGAGAGGAGCGAAACAUCUCUCCUCAGACGCUCGCUAACUUGGUUAGCUCGAGCCUGUACGAGAAGCGAUUCGGUCCGUUCUUCGUCAGCCCAGUACUCGCAGGAAUAAAUCACACCACUGGAAAGCCCUUUGUGUGUGGGUUUGACAGCAUUGGAUGCAUUGAUUUUGCGAAGAACUUCAUUGUCAGCGGCACUGCGAGUGACCAGCUGUAUGGUACUUGUGAAUCGCUAUGGGAGCCUGAUCUUGAACCUGAGGACCUUUUCGAGACCAUCUCACAAGCACUAUUGAACGCGGUCGACCGCGAUGCUCUCUCCGGCUGGGGUGCAUACGUGUACAUUAUUGAGAAGGACAAGGUUACGAAACGGAAGCUGAAGGGACGACAAGAUUAG